CGAGCAGUCCCAGCACCAGAUCGUGAUAAUCCUGAAGAAUUCCCCAUCCAGAGCAAUAAAAACCCAACUAAACCAAAAAAAAAUCAUAAAGAAAUAAGAAUAAUCAAUAGAAAUUGUGACAUCCAUCAACAUCUCCAUUAUUUUCCAAAUAGAAUCCAUUGGUAAAAAAUUUUGACGUACCUCGUAAUGGAACAGGGCCACACGUGGAUAGAAAUAGAUGAUAAAUCUAUUCUGCGGUAAAUUUCCAUAUCGUGAACAUCCUAGUGGUUAUCGAUUGAUUGGAAAUUGACGGGCACUCGGUGAUUACUGUACGUCACGAGCUCUCGUAUUUCUUCAGGGGGAUUGACAACAACCAUGUCGCGAGAUUGAAUUAUUUAUUUUUUAAGAACAGUAUCGAAUCUAUUGUUCAUUUGUUGGUGACUCUGGGAAUGAUAAGGGCACGUGUGUGAGUGGAGUGAAUUUAUUGCAGCAAAUGUGUCCAGGUGAUCCUAGGAGAACUGAUAAGAUUGGUGAAGUGAGACUCAAACCCGGGUGGUGUUAAAGGGUUUUAAAUUAGUUUCAUCAUUUUUUUCUUUUGUUGGGCGUUAUCAAAUAUGCGGGCAUCGUUGAUUUUAAUCAUUGGCAUUAUCGUACUGUCACUGGCAGUUGCGAGAGCACUUUCGUGUGUUUGUUCACCAUUAGAGUGCGAUGUUUUGACAAAUGAGGAUUGUCCCGGUGGUCUCACUUGGGAUCCAUGCAGAUGCUGCAGAGUUUGUGCUCGUGUUGAGGGUGAGCCCUGCGGUGGAUUGUUCGGAUUUUCUGGUAGUUGUGCGGUUGGUCUCCAGUGUGUCAUUAAGAAUCUUCGCCCACCAGAUGAAUUGGACGAGGGAACAUGCUCAAAGAUACCUGGCAGAUGUCGACGACACUGUCCACAUGGGCCAAAAAUGUCUGGGGCUGGGUGCAAUUUAAUUGGCGAAGGGACUUCCGGUGAGAGUGAACGAAGGGAAAAUAAUGGCAGAUGCGUCUGCGGUCCUUCGGUUCCUUGGUGUCCUGGAGAACCGCAUCCUUAUACAUUCACAACGAGACACGAAUGCAAACUCAAUCUUGCCGCCAAGACUGCAUAUGAUAACCUCGUCAGUGUGUCCGACUCAUAUUCCAUGGACGCCGACUAA